GCCCCGCACCGCCCGGAGCCGCCGCGCACCCGACGCCCGCCCGCAGCCAUGGCCUCCUCGAACCCCAGCCCGCCCUCCCCGCUGCUGGUGCGGGUGUCCGAGCCCGGCCUGAACUUACGUCGGAAGCUGGAAGGCUACUUCCAGAGCCGGCAGUCGCGCGGCGGGGAGUGCACCAUCCGAGACCUGGGCGAUGGCGCCUUCCGGGUGGAGUUCUUGGACCGGGCAGCUAAGAAGGGAGUGUUGGAAAAAGGAGAGCACCAAAUUACGGUUGACGACAAACUUGUGACUAUUUUCCUGGAACGCACUGAAAAUUCAGUAGAGAAGAAUGGAAUGUCUCAAGUGCAAACACAAUCACAAGAAGGGGCAAGGUCUGGUGAGAAGCAUCCGAAUGAAGAACAUAUUCCUAAUUCUGUGGAUUCCUGUGUCCAAAAGAUCUUCCUUAGUGUCACAGCUGAUCUGAACUGUAGCCUGUUCUCUAAAGAGCAGAGGGAACACAUAACCACUCUUUGCCCCAAUGUGAGGAAAAUGGAGGGCUCCGAUGGAAUUGAGAAGGUGUGUGGUGACUUCAGAGAUAUUGAAAAAAUACAUGGCUUCUUGAGUGAGCAACUCCUAAAAAGUGAGCAGAAACAGGAAUCAGCCCCAUUGACAACAGAGAAGGAGCCACUCCAUCAGCAGGACCUGAAGAGCCGUGUUUCUCCCUCUGAACCAAGAACGAAGUCAGAAGGAAAAGGCAGUUACACAGUUCCCUUGCCUUUAUUUGAAUACUUCAAAAAUACCUACCCUGAAAAAAUAAACUCGAUAGAGAAAAGAUUUGGUGUAAAAAUAAAAAGCCAGGAGAGUUCUCCGAAUAUGGUCUCCGUAUACUUCACCUCAAGUCAAUCAGGUGACCUCAGAGCAGCCGAAGAGACUUUUGUCAGUGAAUUUCAGAAAAGCAUAGGAAAUAUGGAGCAGGAAUGUGUUGCAUUAGCAGACAAGAAGCAGGCAAAUAACGUCAAUCAGGGAUUUUAUCACCAACUUAAAAAGUUUUUUAUAAAGGAGAACGAAAGAGAAUUACCUCUCCCUGGGACCCAAGAUGACAUUACAGCAGCCGGACAUUUUCUUGCCCCCCAAAUCUCUGAAAGUCUUGUCAAGGUACCUGUGAAAAUAUUGCCUCCUGCAUGCAUGAUGAAUGGAAUUGAGGUUGACACGGCUCACUAUAAGUUUUUAGAAGCUGAAUUACUCCAGGAGAUAUCAGAGAUAGAAAAAAAGUACAACACUCAAAGUAAGAUUUUGGGGAAAGGUGAUAAAACCUGCAUUCUAUUUGAACCUAAGGACAAGGAGGUAGAUCUGUCUGUGCAUGCUUAUGCAAGUUUCGUUGAUGCCUAUCAGCAUGUUUCUUGUCAGCUGAUGAGAGAAGUUGUUCCUUUGGCCAAGGAGAGAAAGGACUUAUAUGGGAUCAAGUUUGCUGAUAACUUUAAAAAAAGGCAUCCAGGUGUAGACUUUGUGCUAACUCAAGGAUCGGUUACUUUUAUUGGAUUGCCAAAUCACAUCGCAAAGGCAAAACAAUAUGUCUUAAAAACAGGGGGCAUGUCCCCAUUAGCUGGAGAGAAAUCCAAUGAGGAUCAUGAAACACCCAUGGACGUUGAUAGUAAUGAUUCAGAAACAUUUUUACCAACAUCCCAGCGCUCUGCCAGUUCUGGGGCAUCAGGAAUGAACAAGGAAGAGGAUAUGUGUGCCAUCUGUAUGGAGCCCAUUAAUAACAAGCUGGUGCUACCAAAGUGCAAGCACGAAUUCUGCAACCCUUGUAUCACCGAAGCCAUGAGAUAUAAGCCAGUCUGUCCUGUGUGCCAGACUGUUUAUGGUGUCCAGAAAGGGAACCAGCCAGAGGGAACGAUGUCUGUCAAUUAUGUAAGACAUUCACUUCCAGGUUAUGAAAACUAUGGCUCCAUCGUGAUUAAUUACAAUAUGACAGGAGGCAUACAAACAGAAGAGCACCCAAACCCAGGAAAGCCAUAUUCUGGAACAAAGCGAACUGCAUUCUUGCCUAAUAACAAGGAAGGAAAAGAGGUUUUGACACUGCUUCAAAAGGCCUUUGACCAAAAGCUAAUUUUCACAGUGGGGGAUUCUCGAGUUUCAGGAAUGUCAGACGUCAUUACAUGGAAUGAUAUCCACCACAAAACCUCCAUGAUCGGGGGACCAGAAAUGUAUGGUUAUCCUGAUCCUAAUUAUCUGAAACGUGUCAAGCAGGAGCUGAAAGAUAAAGGAAUUGAGUAAGAAGACUGCUGGAAGGAUAUUUUGAGCCAAGCGUUCCAAAGACAGUUGAAAAGGCAGAGUAAAUACCAAUCUAAAUCUUAAUGUAGAAACAACCUUUAAAAAUACUCAUCUCAAGGGGAUUCAUGUAAGAGUAAGAAUCUGAUAGUCUGUUAUUUCUGGAGUGUCACUUUUUAUAGAAGAUAAAAGCCCCAAAGAUCUAUGUGAUUUUUGCUGCA